UCAAAUGAAAUGACAGCUGACAGUUAAAUGACAGAUCAUCAAUAAAGGGAUUUUUAUGUAUUAAAAUGCAAUAAACUUUAAUUAUUUAAAAACUGGAAAACACUUUAGUGUUUAUAAACGAUCUACACAUGAAUUUGGGUAUAUUUAAUAGGGUCAACUUAAAGGAUAACACACAAAAUAGAGGGAUGUAUUCAGAAUGGACUUCCCUAAACCCACUGUUGGAGCAUUCAGAUUCAGACGAAAGUCGCAGUGUUUUACAAAAAUUCACCUCAUCAGCAAGCAAAGAAGUUACGAUUAAUAUCGUACGUCCUUUGGCGAGUAAUUUGGGGUUAACCCAACCGGCGGAACCAUGUCCUUUGCAAACGGACCGCGAGGUCCAAUGGUGUAUGGAAGCUAUUUGUUAUGGAUUAAGUUUACCUUUAAGCGAACAUGACACAAUUAAAGAUUGUGUGAAUGUUUAUUGUGAAUGGUUAUCUGGGUUAUUACCAAAUGUUAAAGUUUGUGUACCCAAACCGAUAUUGGAUGAUCCAAAUUUAUAUGCAAGGAAGAUUAUUAAACAUUUUUAUUACUUGUUUAUACCACGAACACCAGAAGACUGGCCAUUUAUAUAUCAGGAUAUUGGAAUCGAUACAAUAAAUAAACAAGCAGUUUUAUGCCACCGAGUUUUAAGAACCCUACAACAAGUCGCUCACGAAUCUCGAAUUUUAGAAAGCACCACUUGGGAAGCUCUCCUUCUAUUUUUACUGGCAAUAAACAACACUUUAUUAGCCCCACCAACCGUAAAGGACGACGUUGCUGAUCAAUUAUGCGAGCGGGUACUUAGCGUUUUAUUUGAAAUUUGGUUAUUGGCUUGCGCUAAUUGUUUCCCUUCACCUCCGCUUUGGAAAACAUUACGUGAGAGUUGUAUGAAUUGGAGACAUCGAAUUGCUUUGAUCGAGCAAUGGAAUAGGAUUAAUUUGGCUUUAACAUCUAAGUUGUUAAUUUUUAUGUAUGGACCAACAUUUCCUGAGUUAAAAAUUGGCGAAGAUGAUUUAAUUCCGCCAAAUAUGACCAAUGAUUGUAUUGCGCAAAGUUGGUAUCGAUUUUUAAACACCAUUGGAAAUCCAGUUUGUUUAACAAAGCCUGAAGUGAUUAGCCGCACCCCUACAUUUCUUCAUUUUGCGAUUAGUAGCGGCGUUGUGGAUCCGUGUCAUCAUUCGUCACUACAAGUUUUGCCAUUAAUCUUUUUGAAAGCAAUGAAAGGACUUGCAGGACAAGUUGAUGCUUUUUUAGGUAUAGCACAGCCGGUUUAUUGGGAGGCGAUGGUGAUGGGUGUUGGUAUAGACAAAAAUAAGGAUUUUUCAAUACAAGCAAGUACACCUUCUGCACACACUCCUACACCCCCAGCACAACGUCGUAUUGCAAAAAGUUUCAGUGUUGCUCCUUCUUCUAUUUCUAAGGGUAUUCCAAAAACAUCUUUAAUCGGAUUAACAAGCAGUCGAGCUUCUACAAGCAUUCCAAAUUCCGUUCCAAGCUCGGGACCAUCAUCAACGUCAAGCAUAUCAUCUUUAAAUUCGCUGGUUUAUGAAUCAAAAGUGAAGUUAGCCCCAGGUCGACCAAAAUGCAACAGCAUUUUACACUUAUUUGGAGAAUGGCUUUUCCAAGCUGCUUUUAUUGGAACCGAUUUAAAUUCACGUUCAUCUUCAGAAAUAAAUAAACGACCAAAUUCAAUAAUAAUGGAAACUAAACCGGAUUCAUUAUCCGAAAUUCCGGAUCUCCCAUUGGCGAUAACGAUCGAUAAAUAUGAAAGUGGUCGUGCUGAAGCUUUGGGAACUUUAUGUAAAAUAAUGUGUUCGAAGAAAACGGGGGAGGAGUUAUUACCGGUUUAUUUAGCCCGAUUUUAUUUGGCGAUUCAGCACGGAUUAAAAGUAACUACGAAUCACGAAUGUGGCGAAUGCAUGGUGGCGAUUUUAAUGAAUUCGGCGGAUUUGUUUCGAGUGGAUUUAGAUGGAAUUCGAAGCUUGUUAUCGCCGUUUAUUCGCGCUUUGGAAAUUGUUUUAGCGGAUAAAGAUAUUAAGUUAAAUCCCAACGUUGCGAAAGUAGAAUUAAGAAGAUCGUCGAUUCACAUUUUGUUAUCAAUUUUGGUUUUACCGUUACAUUUUCAAAACGCUACAAUUAAGCCGCUUAUAAAUACGGGAUCAGAACGUUCCACAACAUUUUCUGAGUUAAAACCACAAUUAAUGAAUUUGAUAAUGAACGCACUUUAUUUAGAAACUGAUCCACAUAACACUCACAUGUUAUUAGGGGGGCUUUUUCUUUGCGUUCAAGAUUCCGCUAUUUUCGAAACUAUCGAGUCGAUUACUCAACCGUCAACGGAAACUUCGUCAAAUCUUUUAGCUUCGGUAUCGGACACUGCUAGCACAGUGAGCGCUGCCAGCAGUUUUGAUCGGCACUCGCACAACUCCGAUUCAAUGGGACUCCCCGCUGAUUUAGCAGAUGUCCAAAUUGACUCAGCGCACGCAAUGUUCGUAAGAGCAACUUACUUAGUAUGUCAUCGCUUAAUAUCGACAUGGAAAACGGAUUUAAACGUCUCAUUAGCCGCUUUAGAAUUACUUUCCGGAUUAGCUCGAAUUCACAUCAAAGAUUCUGAUGCUUUAGAGUGUAAACGAGCUGUUAAAUGGUUAUGCGACUACAUUGUGCAUCAAUGUUCAAGACCACCACCCGCUCAUUCCAAAGAUCUUCACUCAACAAUCGUUGCGGCUUUCCAUUGCUGUUCAAUUUGGCUUUUAGAACACCCGUAUUUGUUGAAAGAUAAAGAUUGCCUCGCCACGGUUUUAGACGUAGCCGAAUUAGGAAUAUCGGGAACUAAAUCGAUAACAAAACCGGGCGAUCCCGUUAAAAUGAAAGAAGAAAAAGAAUUAAAACCCGUUUCAAUGCGCGUUAGGGACGCCGCUGAAAAUUUAUUGAUGCUAAUUUUAGAACAAGUCGGGUAUUUUCCGAGCGAAUGUGGCCCCGAAUCGAUUUCGUCGCUUUUAGAUGAAGUAUCUUUGCUUCAACAUUGCAACUCUUGGCUCGGUGAUGGAAACAACCAAGAAAAAGCGGUGGAGAAGUUUCGAUAUUUCGUUACUGAAGGCUCGGUUAUGCUAGCUUUGUUGGAAGAACCGUUAGGAAACGAUCAAGAUCCUCAACCAACGGUUACUAUUUUAAUUCGAGGUCCAUUUGGACGCCACGCUUGGACGAUGCAAUUAAGACAUUUACCAAGACAUCGAUCGGGGACGAAGUAUCAUGGAAAUAAUUUAGGGAGGCCCGUUGUUAUGAGCGAAACUCCUAAUCGGCCGGAGAUUAAACAAAAAUAUUUCCCGGAUAGCGUUGAUAGAAUUUCACAAUGCAAAGUUGAUCAAUCAAUUCCUUCGUUAGAAUCAGUUUUGCUCGAUGAUGAAGCGAAUGCCGAUAUCACGAAAUUAGCGGGGUUAUUAGAAAAGCAAUGUUUAGCUGAAACCAAUUUAGCCUCAACGUUACUUCAAACGGUCGAAAAUGUUCCUCCUUCGGUAAUUCAUGAAUUUCAAACCGCAAGAUUGUUUUUGUCGCAUUUUGGAUUACUUAAUUUAGACAACAACAACGAUUCUGAACAAUCAACGAGAAAUUUAAUCGCUUUAGACAGUAGCGACUCGGAUUUUUGCAAAGAUCUCCUCGCUUUAGAUAAUAUGAGUCCGAGAACUUGCGAUACAGUUCACAUUUUCUACGUAAAAUCCCAACAAACCACCGCUCAAGAAAUCGUAAACAACGCAACUGAUUUAAGCGGGAUAAACCCGCAUUUUUUGGAGUUUAUAAAAUCGUUGGGUUGGCCCGUAGACGUUGAUAAGCAUCCAGGUUGGACGGGGCAUGUUUUAACCAGUUGGAAAAACAUCAAAAAUAAUAAUAAUAACGAUACUAAUAAUAAAUCGUUAAUUUUUGAUGGGCAAAAUCAAGUUUUAUAUUGGGCCGACGCUUGCUCAGAAAUCGCUUUUGUUGUACCAUCACAAAUAAAACCGAUUCAUAAUUCUGGUGGAUCUUUAGAACAAUCAAGUUUUAAUGCAAAUUCUUUAUCAUCGUGGAAUGAAAAAACAUUCAUUGAACCCCUCGCUAGAGAUAAACGCACACUCUCUCUUGAUUUAGACCAAAAAAGUGUUCCAUUAAGAAAACCACCACUUAGAUGUAGCCUCCAUCCUCACACAAACACGAAAAUUAUGGUUGUUUGGUUGGAAAGUUUUGAGGAUCAUCUUAAUUUACCAAUUACUGAUUUAGUAGGAUGUAUGUCAACUGGUUUAGAGACUGGAUCACGUUCAAGCGACGUUUUAGUUAUUGGAUUACAUUUGAUGGCUUCUGGAUUGCUUCGGGUGCAUCUUCAAGGGCCAAAUAGCCGAGUGGGGUUAGCUUCACCUUUAGUAGAUGGAAUGGUGAUUAAUCAGAGGUCUUUAGGACCGUUGGUGAGACAUACAGCUUUGAAUAUGUCGAGAAGAAAACGAUUAGAUUCAGAAAAUUAUCAGCCACCACACUUAAGAAGGAGAUUAAAAGUACAAGAAAUUGUACAAAAAUACAAGAGGGAAAUGACGUUACCCGAAUUAUUAACUUAUUUAUUUAGUAAUAUUUAAUUUUUAAUAUAAUUUUCUUGUUAACAAAAGUA